CAUGUUUCGCCAAGGGAUGCAUGACUUGAAAGUCUGGCCUAAUGUAGAAGCAGAUGGAUCCGAACCCACAAAAACUCCUGGCAGAACAAGCAGCACUCUCUCAGAAGAUCAGAUGAGCCGCCUUGCCAAGCUCACCAAAGCUCAUCGACAGGGACACAUGGUGAAAGUGGACUGGCUGGACAGAUUGACAUUUAGAGAAAUAGAAAUGAUAAAUGAGAGUGAAAAACGAAGUUCUAAUUUCAUGUACUUGAUGGUUGAGUUUCGAUGUGUCAAAUGUGAUGAUAAGGAGUACGGUAUUGUUUAUUAUGAAAAGGAUGGUGAUGAGUCAUCUCCUAUUUUAACAAGCUUCGAAUUAGUGAAAGUUCCUGAUCCUCAGAUGUCUAUGGAGAAUUUAGUUGAGAGCAAACACCACAAGCUUGCCCGGAGUUUAAGAAGUGGACCUUCUGACCACGAUCUCAAACCCAAUGCUGCCACAAGAGAUCAGUUAAAUAUUAUUGUGAGUUAUCCACCAACCAAGCAACUUACAUAUGAAGAACAAGAUCUCGUUUGGAAGUUUCGAUAUUAUCUUACUAAUCAAGAAAAAGCUUUAACAAAAUUCCUGAAAUGUGUUAAUUGGGAUCUACCUCAGGAGGCAAAACAGGCAUUAGAACUUCUGGGAAAAUGGAAGCCAAUGGACGUAGAAGAUUCCUUGGAGCUGUUAUCCUCUCAUUAUACCAACCCAACAGUGAGGCGUUAUGCUGUUGCCCGAUUGCGACAGGCAGAUGAUGAGGAUUUGUUGAUGUAUCUGUUACAACUUGUCCAGGCUCUCAAAUAUGAAAAUUUUGAUGAUAUAAAGAAUGGAUUGGAACCUACCAAGAGGGACAGUCAGGGGUCAUUGUCAGAGAGUGUGUCAAAUGCUGGAAUAAAUUCUGCAGAAAUAGAUAGUUCACAAAUUAUAACCAGCCCACUUCCUCCAGUGUCUUCUCCUCCACCUGCGUCUAAAACAAAAGAAGUUUCAGAUGGUGAAAAUCUGGAGCAAGAUCUCUGUACCUUCUUGAUAUCAAGAGCCUGCAAAAACUCAACACUGGCUAAUUACUUAUACUGGUAUGUGAUAGUAGAAUGUGAAGAUCAAGAUACUCAGCAGAGAGAUCCAAAGACCCAUGAGAUGUACUUGAAUGUAAUGAGAAGAUUCAGUCAAGCAUUGUUGAAGGGUGAUAAGUCUGUCAGAGUUAUGCGUUCUUUGCUGGCUGCACAGCAGACAUUUGUAGAUCGGUUGGUGCAUCUGAUGAAGGCAGUGCAGCGUGAAAGUGGAAAUCGUAAGAAAAAGAAUGAGAGACUACAGGCAUUGCUUGGAGAUAAUGAAAAAAUGAAUUUGUCUGAUGUGGAACUUAUCCCAUUGCCUUUAGAACCCCAAGUGAAAAUUAGAGGAAUAAUCCCAGAAACAGCUACACUAUUUAAGAGUGCCCUUAUGCCUGCACAGUUGUUCUUUAAAACAGAAGAUGGAGGUAAAUAUCCAGUUAUAUUUAAGCAUGGAGAUGAUUUACGCCAAGAUCAACUUAUUCUUCAAAUCAUUUCACUCAUGGACAAGCUGUUACGGAAAGAAAAUCUGGAUUUGAAAUUGACACCUUAUAAGGUAUUAGCCACUAGUACAAAACAUGGUUUCAUGCAGUUUAUCCAGUCAGUUCCUGUUGCUGAAGUUCUUGAUACAGAGGGAAGCAUUCAGAACUUUUUUAGAAAAUAUGCACCAAGUGAGAAUGGGCCAAAUGGGAUCAGUGCUGAAGUCAUGGAUACUUAUGUUAAAAGCUGUGCUGGAUAUUGCGUGAUCACUUACAUACUUGGAGUUGGAGACAGGCACCUGGAUAACCUUUUGCUAACAAAAACAGGCAAACUCUUCCACAUAGACUUUGGAUAUAUUUUGGGUCGGGAUCCGAAGCCUCUUCCUCCUCCAAUGAAGCUGAAUAAAGAGAUGGUGGAAGGAAUGGGGGGCACACAGAGUGAGCAGUACCAAGAGUUCCGGAAACAGUGUUACACGGCUUUUCUCCACCUUCGAAGGUAUUCUAAUCUGAUUUUGAACUUGUUUUCAUUGAUGGUCGAUGCCAACAUUCCAGAUAUUGCUCUUGAACCAGAUAAAACUGUGAAAAAGGUUCAAGAUAAAUUCCGUCUGGACCUGUCCGAUGAAGAGGCGGUGCAUUACAUGCAGAGUCUCAUUGAUGAAAGUGUGCAUGCUCUGUUUGCCGCAGUGGUAGAGCAGAUUCACAAGUUUGCCCAGUACUGGAGAAAAUGAAACUGGAUUUGACCCAUCAAGAUGCUUGUCUCAGUAGGAAAACCACUUUAGAAGCAACCUGUGUAUAAUGAAGACUUCCGAGUUCCAAACAAGGAAGAGAAAACUUAAUCUUCAAGAUACCAUAUUUCCUAAAUGUUACGUGGUGCCUGAAUUUCAUUUCUCUGGAUAUCAUUGCUUAAAUAUGGCUUUGAAGGGUUUAUUUUGAAACAUUGUAUAUAUUUAUUUUCAAAUGUAUACAUUGUUAAUAAGAUAAGAAGUAAGAAGCUUAUUCCAGGAUUAAGUACAUAUUAUGAGAGUUCUGGAAGAAUUUUAUGUUGAAAUAGUUAAAACAUUUUAGUCUUUGAGUUUAAGACAUUUUUUUUCCUUCAUAUCUUCACAUCAGAACAGCAGUUAUAUGAAUUUGCAUUAAUUGUCUCAGUUAAGAAGGUUUUGGGGGUUUUUUCCUCUCUCCCUCCCUCCUUCCCUUUUAUUCUUCCUCCUCCCUUUGUUUAAUUUGCACUUAAAAAGUUUCAUUUAAAAUUUUAAUUAAAAAUUUACUUAAUGUUUUAUAUGUUAUGGCUCAUUCUUUCACAGGUCAAGAAUUGCUUAUUUGUCAGAAAGAUGGUUAUUUUCUCCUAUAAACGUUGUUGUCUUUUUUUUGAAAACUACAGUUUAUGGUUCUCCUAGGUUGUAAGUAUGUAAAGUGGAAUAUGAAAAUGUAGCUAUCUGGACAACUGGCUAAAAGGUAAUUUGACUGCAGAUUUUAGUACAGAGCAUAAGAUAUUUUUAUAUAUUCACAUAAGAAAAUGUAAAUUUUCUUUCUGCAAUAAAUUCUUUUUUGAUGGAAA